CUCUGCACGGCUUGAGCGGGUCUGAGCGUCUCCGUUUUCAUGUCAAUGUCCUUCAGUGCUGCCGAAUAGAUGGUCGUGCUCGCAGCGAAACAGAGUCUUGGCCAGUCUGCGACGGAAUUGCUUCUUCACACCAGGCUGAAAGAGAGAGACGUCUCGAUUCGAAAGGAGCUGGUACACCCUGCAUGUCAUUUAGAAAUACCUGCAUCAACAUGUAGAGGGGCGAACGCUGGGACAAAGCGCUCAGGUCUCACACAGGUGAAUCUUGGACAGCUGUUCUUCCCAAUGCAGAAAGAUGCACCAGUCUACACAGCGGACAAGACUAAAUCUCGUUCGAGCAGCAAUGUCUGCGGCGCAAAGUCAACGAACAGCCAUGAAGCUCCAAGUAUCAGCUCUCGCCAAAGUUAGGAGCAUCAGCACAAGUGCGCGACGUUCGUCCGGCUUAAUCGGCACGCAAAUGACAGGGCGGAUCGCCCCCCAUCACAGAAAGAGAUCAAGAGCAGAUCCGCCGCUUCAUUUUGGGUUUCAUCUUCCACUUUGAGAAAAAGUCAGAUACCGCGAGCCUACGAAAGGCGGGCAGUUGACGUGGCACGAAGCUCUGCGUCUGACUCGUGGGACGGGGAAGAGAAAAGGGGGAGUCGUAGUGGGGAUCGCGAGCGGAACGGCAGACUUCAGUGCCAAAGAUUUUCUUGGAAUAUCGUACAAUUGCAUUUGGAGUCGAUGAGAAUCUUUGCUGAUCUUUAAU